CUCUCCAGCAUAAACGAUCUUUGUUCUGACGUCAGCUUCUUCUCUCCAGAUCCAACAUGGCGAACAUCCGGUGUGUGAAGGGGAUGGUGGGCCUGGUGACCGGCGGGGCCUCCGGUCUGGGCCGAGCCACCGUGGAGCGCCUGCUGCAGUGCGGGGCGUCCGCCGUGGUCCUGGACCUGCCGUCCUCCGAUGGACACGCUCUGGCCCAGAGUCUGGGGGAUCGGUGUGUCUUCGCUCCAGCAGACGUGACCUCCGAGGCCGAGGUGCAGGCGGCCGUGUCUCUGGCCAGAGAGAAGUUUGGGAAACUGGAUUUGGCCGUUAACUGUGCCGGCAUCGCUGUGGCGGUGAAGACGUACAACUUUAAGAAGGCGUGUCCUCACAGCCUGGAGGACUUCCAGCGUGUCAUCAACGUGAACAUCGCAGGAACCUUCAACGUGAUCCGUCUGGCCGUCGGCGAGAUGGGGAAGAACGAGCCGGACGCCGACGGCCACCGCGGCUGCAUCAUCAACACGGCCAGCGUGGCAGCGUUUGAUGGACAGGUCGGUCAAGCAGCGUACUCAGCGUCUAAAGGAGGAAUCGUGGGGAUGACGCUGCCCAUCGCUCGAGACCUGGCACCGAUGGGCAUCCGGGUCAUAACCAUCGCCCCGGGUCUGUUCUCCACGCCCCUCCUCGCUGGUCUUCCAGAGAAGGUGCGCUCGUUCCUCGCCCGUCAGGUGCCCUUCCCCUCGCGCCUGGGAGACCCCGCGGAGUUUGCCCACCUGGUGACAUCACUGGCUGAGAACCCCAUGAUUAACGGCGAGGUCAUCAGACUGGACGGAGCCAUUCGCAUGCAGCCCUGAGAGAGAGUGUGAGUGAGUGUGUGAGUGUGUGAGUGUGUGAGUGAGUGUGUGUGUGUGUUGUACUUUAUGUUGUUUUCUAAUCUGAUUUGAAAUUAAACGGAUUUGUUCACUUGA